CAUUAACACACAACGGCUGACAGCAGAUAUUAAACUGAGACUUGUGAAGAAAGUUUAACACUUAAAUAGCCAAUAAGCAAAACUGACAGAUACUAUCUCCGGAGUGUGUCGAUCAAAGGAGGAUUAAACAACAACGAACUUAAGUUCAACAUGAUGAGCAUCCUGAGGUCCCGCCCCGUCGUCCACUGGGGGUCUUUCUCUUGUGAUAGAGUUCAGUUCCACCACAGAUUACCAUUCAUCACACUCGGCUCUGCUCAGGGACGGAGGUAGGAGGACGAUGGGGGCCGGUGGGCUUCCCCCCCGAGCCCUGCUGUGGCUCGGCCUGCUCAGCGGGAUCUCCGUAGUGUCGGCCCUCAACCCGGACGACCCCAACGUUUGCAGCCACUGGGAGAGCUACGCGGUGACGGUGCAGGAGUCGUACGCUCACCCCUUCGACCAGGUCUACUACACCCGCUGCACCGACAUCCUCAACUGGUUCAAGUGCACCAGACACAGGAUCAGCUAUAAGACGGCGUACAGGCGUGGUGUGAGGACGAUGUACCGGCGGCGCUCUCAGUGCUGCCCCGGCUUCUAUGAAAGUGGAAACCUUUGUGUCCCGCUGUGUACUGAAGAGUGUGCCCACGGUCGCUGUGUGUCACCUGAUACCUGCCAGUGUGAGCCGGGCUGGGGAGGACUGGACUGCUCCAGCGGCUGUGAGAGUGACUUCUGGGGCCCCCACUGCAGUAACCGCUGUCAGUGCAGAAACGGGGCCAAAUGCAACCCGAUCACCGGCGCCUGCGUCUGCACCGACGGGUACCAGGGCUGGCGCUGCGAAGAACCCUGCGACGCCAACCUCUACGGGAAGGACUGCCUGCUGGAGUGUCAGUGCCUCAACGGCGCCACCUGCCACCAUCAGACGGGAGAGUGCCUGUGUGCGCCCGGAUACACCGGAGCCUUCUGUGAGGAGCCGUGUCCUCCGGGGAAGCACGGCUCUCUGUGUGAGCAGCGAUGUCCCUGUCAGAACGGAGGAACGUGUCAUCAUGUGACCGGAGCGUGCUCCUGCCCCGCCGGCUGGGUGGGUCCGGUCUGUGCUCAGCCGUGCUCCUUCGGCUCCUUCGGCAUCAACUGCUCUCAGGAGUGUACAUGUCGUAACGGCGGCCUGUGCGACCACAUCAGCGGUCAGUGUCAGUGCACCGCUGGAUACAUCGGAGAGAGGUGCCAGGAUGAAUGCCCGGUGGGAACCUACGGGCCGCAGUGUGCCCACAAGUGUGACUGUCAGAACGGAGCCAAAUGCUACCACAUCAACGGAGCCUGUCUGUGCAAUGAGGGCUUUAAGGGCCCCAGCUGCCAGGACCGCUUCUGCCCCGCUGGCCUCUACGGACUCAUCUGUGACAAAUACUGCCCCUGCAAAGCUGCCAACACACUCAGCUGCCAUCCUCUGUCCGGAGAGUGCACCUGUGCAGCUGGGUGGGCGGGGCUUUACUGCAACGAGACCUGUCCCGCAGGUUACUACGGCGAGGGCUGCAGGGAGCUGUGCGCCUGUGCCAACGGAGCCGACUGUGACGGCAUCAACGGAGCGUGUGUGUGCGCUCCGGGCUUUAUAGGGGACGACUGCUCCAUCAGCUGUCCUUCAGGUCUGUUUGGGAUCAACUGCACCUCGUCGUGUUCCUGCCACAACGAGAUCAGCUGCUCGCACAUCGACGGCUCCUGCUUCUGCAGAGAAGGCUGGCAGGGUGUAGACUGCUCCAUCCCCUGCUCCAGCGGCUCGUGGGGUCUGAGCUGCAACCAGACGUGUCAGUGCACCAACGGGGCGGCCUGCGACCCCGUCAACGGGACCUGCACCUGCUCGCCGGGCUGGAGGGACGAGUACUGCGACCUGCCCUGUCAUGAGGGCUCGUACGGGCUGGACUGCAGGGAGAGAUGUGACUGUGUGAACGCCGAUGGCUGCGAUCCAGUUACGGGAUUCUGCCGCUGCCUCGCGGGCUGGACAGGUGUCCACUGUGACAGUGUGUGUGAGGAGGGACGUUGGGGACCAAACUGCUCGUACAGCUGCACCUGUGAGAACGGAGGCUCCUGCUCCCCGGAGGACGGCACCUGCGUGUGCACUCCCGGAUACCGCGGCACCAACUGCAGACGAACGUGUUCUCCAGGUUUCUACGGCCACCGCUGCAGCCAGUCGUGUCCUCAGUGCAUCUACAGCGAGGGGGCGUGUCACCACAUCAGCGGACACUGUGAGUGUCUCCCCGGGUUCUUCGGCUCGCUCUGUAACCAAGUGUGUCCCAGUGGGAAGUUUGGUAAAGGCUGUGCAGACUCGUGUGUGUGCACCAACAACGGCACCUGUAACCCCAUCGACGGCUCGUGUCAGUGUUACCCCGGCUGGAUCGGAGACGACUGUUCCAAACCGUGUUCUCAGGGCUCAUGGGGUCCAGACUGCAUCCACACAUGUAACUGUCACAACGGAGCCCAGUGCAGCGCCACAGACGGGGAAUGUAACUGCAGCCCGGGAUGGACGGGACUCUACUGUACUCAGCGCUGUCCUUCAGGUUUCUACGGCUCUCAGUGUGCUGAGGUGUGCCGCUGUCAGAACGGGGCGGACUGCGACCACAUCAGCGGCCAGUGUUCCUGCAGGACGGGCUUCAUCGGACAGAGCUGCGAGCUCAAGUGUCCUGCAGGGACAUUUGGUUACGGCUGCCAGCAGCUGUGUGAGUGCAUGAACAACGCCACCUGUGACUACGUGACGGGAACCUGCUACUGCAGCAUCGGCUUCAAAGGGAUCCGCUGUGACCAGGCGGCUCUGAUGAUGGAGGAGCUGAACCCGUACACUAAGAUCAGCCCGGCUCUGGCAUCAGAGCGCCAGUCGGCCGGCGCCGUGCUCGGCAUCAUCUUCCUUCUGCUGCUCAUCAUGGCCAUGCUGGGCCUGGUGGUCUGGUUCCGCUACAGGCAGAGGGAGAAGGGUCACCACGUGCCCAGCGUCACCUACACGCCCGCCCUGCACAUCAACUCCACGGACUACUCGCUGUCAGCAGGGCUGCAGUGUACAGGCCUGCUCUCCUCUCCAGACUCGUCUCCCAGCAGCAGCGCUGUAGGCCGCUGCUUCUCCAACCCCAGCUACCGCACGCUGGGCCCCUGCAGCUACGCCGCACACUACGCCAAACCAGACAAGAGGAGCGCCGCCAAGAUGAAGACAAAGAAGCGUCACAGGAACAGCGCUCCUGAGUGGGGCGCCUACUGCAACCUUAGCGACCUCGGUGUUUACUGCAUCGACCGGCGCUACAGCUACCACGUGGAGCCGCGCUACAGAGACUACAUGAAGGGCUCUCUGUCCAGCACCUGCUCCCUGAACAGCGAGAACCCGUAUGCCACCAUCAACGACGCGCAGGGCGCCUGCAAACACUCAGAGAGCAGCUACGUGGAGAUGAAGUCCCCGGGUCACCACGAACACAUGACGCACUGCUGCUCCGCCGCCAUCAUCACCACCACCACCACCAGCACGGCGCCCGCCAAGAACGUCUACGACAUGGAGCCCACCAUCAGCAUCAUGCAGGGCGCCGGUGCCAUGGUGGUCCCCACGUACCCUCAGAACCCGUACGACCUGCCGAGGAACAGCCACAUCCCAAGUCACUACGACCUGCUGCCGGUCCGCCCGAGUCCCUCCCACAGCCACAGCCUGGCCCUGCACAGCCACAGCCCCCCGCUGCCAGGCAGCCCCACCAGCUCACUGCUCUAGACCCCCUGGACCUGCCCCUCCACAGACUGGACCCAGUCUGGACCCUGGACCCCCAGGACACUGUAAUCUGGGACGGAAAGAUUAUUCUGCUGUUUGAUAUUUUAUCACUGUAUUAUAUCCAAACUGUUUUUGUGAAAAUCAAUACUACAUAUUUGUGUUGUAUUGUAAAAAAAAAAAAAAAAAAUACCCUCAUCAACAAAACAUCAACGGAGGGAACAAACACACGAGUGUACUGCUUUUCUGGUGCGUCUGAGUGAGUCUCGAUACGUCAGGAGACGGAGAGAGGACGAUGAGCGGGAAAGAAAAAGAAAAACUAAGUUAUAAAUGUAAAUUAAUUCUGGUGGGACGGGAUGGAGGCCUGCAGCACACCUGGACCUGGACCUGGACCUGGACCUGGACCUGGACUGUGAAGCAUCAUUGGGCAUUAUUUCUCCCACUGCAAACAAACUUGUACAGGAUGAAAAACUGUGGAGAAACGGUGCUCAUUACUCCCAUAUUCUCCCCAAAAAACUGAUCAAAAUGUGAAGAAACGCACCCAGGCAGCUGCUCAGUCUGCUCAGAUCUACACCUCCUGUAUAAUUCUGGUAUUUUUACACAUCGUUUCUUAUUUCCUGUUUACAUAUUUAGAGAUCCUGACGAGGAUCCAUAUUUUCUCUCUGAAGAGUCUCUUUUUGUAAGUACUGUAGACAGAGUGGUGUAUCGGCUGUACACUUACUGUACUCUAGUGAUUAUUAUUAUUAUUAUUAUUAUUAUUAUUGUGAUUUUUCUUUUGUUGUGUCAAGCUUAAUACACAUGCAUGCCAAAGAUUAUUCAAGAUAUAAUAUUUAGCCAGGAAAACCCUUAUUAUGUCUUAUUAUUGUCAUCUGACUGUCUCAACAUGGGAACCACCACCAUCUGAAACCUUUUGAUGCUUUUUCUUGUGAUUAUUUUUUCCAUUAAUCAAUUAACUAUUUGGCCUAUAAAAUGUCAAAAAAAACGUACCAAAUCUAAAGAUUCAGAAGACGUGUUUACUGUUUAAUUUUCCAGAAAAUCUAAAGAAAACUUGUUUCAAUGUUGCAAAUAAAAAUGCAACUGAAGUAAGCUACAGUGUACUUUCUUCAGGAGUUGGCACUAUUGGCUACAUACGGCUGUAAUCAACCAAUAAAAAGAGCAGAAGAAGUCAAAGUUGCAAAACAGAAAGAAAAAAAGUCACCUUGGACAUUUAACUCAUGCAAAAAGAUCUUCAGGAUUCAAUGGAUCAAGUUUUGAUUCUCUUCAUGUCAGAUAAUAUUGGUCAUAUUUCCUGCUGUUUGAAGACAAAGAUCAAUAAAUACCAGAAAAGGUCACUCAGAAGUUGAGAAUCUCGUCCUGAACUCCAUUCAGAAAACAAGCAUUUUAAAAGUUGUUUGUUUCUCGUCUUGCAGACAAACCUGACAGAGCAUGAAUCCAGACUUUUUAACACAUCAGAAUCAUGUUCUAGUUUUUUCUGCAUCAUUUUGAUCCGCUUCAUGCAAUUAAAUCUCAGUAGAAUCUGUUUAUUUUGGGUUCUUACUGAUGUAGCAGCAACGUAGCAGUAUCCAGUCAUCCAGACACAGUUCCUCCAGAAGGAGAUGAAACUCACCGAGCUGUGUGCACCUGCCAAUCAAUUUCACUUCCAAGAGCCAGUUGCGGUUAUUUCAGACACAGUUGAUGACGGAAAGUUAGAUUAACGGCUGCGUUACUUACAGGUUCAUCUCAAUACAUUAGAAUAUGAUGGAAAAGUCAAUUUCCAGUAGUUCAAGUCGAACAGCCCCAACCAAGUAUUGAGUCAUAUAGAUGGACAUACUUUACAGAGGCCAACAUUUAUAUAUUAAACAUACUUUUUAAAAUUGGUCUAUUGUAUUGUAUCAUAAUAUUCAAAAAGACACUGAAUAUUAGGUCUUCAUUAAAUGUAAGCCAUACUCAUUAUAAUUAGAAGAAAUUAAAUAAAUUAAGACAUGAAAUGUUUCAUUCUGUGUAAUGGAUCUAUAUAAUGUGUUAUUUCCACUUUUUGAAUUGAAUUACUGACAUAAAUAAACUUUUCUAUGAUAUUCUAAUGUAUUGAGAUGCACCUGUACAUUAGUCUAUCUCAAGCAAGUAAGGUGAAUAAACACAAAUCAGUGCAACUUUCCAAGGAAGUUUCAUCAGAUUUUGCUGUUUCUAUUUAUUGCAAAAUGUGCAUAGAAAUUCAUGAGAGUAAGCAAAUUGUGGCACAUUUUUUCCUGAAAACUUACCCAAUAAUUGCAAUUAAUUGACAAAUUGUUUCAGCUUAAGGAACUGAAGUCAGAAGUGGAAAACUAUAAAAAGGCUGGUGAUUUCAUGUAAUUCUAGAAUCAUGAGAUUUUUGUUACCAAGCAAUGAAAACAUGUUUCUAAUCUUGUUUGAAGACUGUUUGUCACAUUACAUUUUAUAAUGUAUGAAAUCCUGCUUCAUUUUCCAGUAACACACGGGUCACUUUUGUUCCAAUGCAGAUUAGUUUAUGUUGUUUAAUAGCAAUAACAGGACAUGUUGACAAUCAGAUGUAAACAGUUUUUGUUUUCUCACGUAUUUCUUUUCCUUCUUUAAUUCCAUUCGCUCUGACUUUAUCUUACUUGUUUGUCUUUUCCUUCGACUCCGAUCCGAAUAAUAGUUUCAGCUCCAGUAGAUGUGUUGAGUGCUGCCUGUCGGUCUUUUUUGUUUUUAAACCCUAAACUCAAUAAAGUUGUCAUAGCUCAG